GCGUGAUGAGUUCGUGGAGUUUGCACAAUUCCUCACAGUGAUGAACUUCCUGACCAACACCAAGGAAGGUCAGGAGGUGAACCAGAAGGCAGAGCAGGCAGUCAAAGAAUCCUUGACGUCUGAUGGACUUUUGGAGAUGCUGGAACAGGA